AUGGGGUCCCUCCGCAGAAGGUUGGAAUCUACUGGGAAGGCUAACAAUGAGCUAAAAAGUGAAGUUGAAACUCUUCGGGAGCAGUUGACCCAGUCAAAUGAGAAACUCGAUGCCGCCGAGAAAAAGGCUACUGCUGCCGAGAAGAAAGCCGCCACUGCUGAGGAGAAGUUGAAAGAGUCGGGCGCCACGGUUUCUCGACUUGUCGAGCGUGAGAUGACUUUGGAGAGCCAGGUCGGCGCAGCGCAGAAACGGGUGGCCGAGAUGGAGAAGGAAAAGCAGGCCGUGGAAGUUGAAUUAGCAACGUGGAAGGCCAAGUACAAAGAUGUCUUGAAGCAGGGGAAGGGUGCGAUUUUGGCGACCGAGGAGGCUCUUAAGGCUCAGGUCAAAGUCAUUGCUCCCGAAUUUGAUACGUCGGCGAUUGGUGUUCUCAAAGUCAUUCAGGAUGGCAAAGUCGUCGACGCCCCCAAGAAGUGA